GUUCUAAUUAUUUUCUCAUUUUGUAAUCAAUUAUGUCUGUCUAUGCCAGGUUUCCCCUCAACCAUACACCCAUCAACGUAUCUCUCUUCGCCAAUCCAAUGCAACCUCUCGGCGGUCUCAUUAAUCAACCCACCGAACUAUGAAGCCCUCUCAUAUCGGUGGGGAGACCUAAAAAUUAGAUCUACCAUUCAGCUUGAGAACCAAGAUUUUUCGAUCACCACAAGUCUCAAGGAAGCCCUCGUACGUCUGCGAGACCGAACAAGGCCCAUGAAAUACUGGAUCGACCAAAUCCGCAUAAAUCAAGGCGAUUCAUCAGAAAAAAAUCGCCAAGUUCCCCUUAUGGGUGAAGUGUACUCAAAAGCCGGGAUCGUGAAGGCCUGGUUGGGGGAAGAAGCGGAGGAGGGUGAAAAGGCGUUUAGACUAUCUGAACGUUGCUGGGAGUUAUUUAAAGACGAAUUAGAAGAAUUGAUCAUUCGCGAGUACUGGAGACGCGUUUGGAUGAUUCGGGAGAUUGGUCGAGCGAGGCAAUGCAUUGUCUUGUCUGGGCCCAACAAAACGGACUUGAAAUCAUUGAUGGCAAUGUCUGAGCUAAUUGCCGAUUUCGAUGGAGAGUUCUUUCAAGGCGUAUUCGACCGCGGGGUCUCCCAGUUUUAUCAGUCAAUUCACAGCACGCGAUUUCUUCUCUCGUUCAAUCAGGCUUCGGAUUGGUAUAUUGCGGUGCCAAACAAUCCAGACGUUGUUACUGUCGAGACCAUUUUGGGCUCAACGGGACAUUUUGGACAUACGAAUCCCCACGAUAGGAUAUACGGACUUCUUGGUGUACAUGUCUUUCGGGAAAUCUCAACUUAA